AUGGACCAGCAUACUGUUGUGUCUGCCGCACCUGCCUGUGGUGUCCAUGUUCCGAUCAGAAGUCAUAUACAAGCCCUGUGGUGACUUUUGUAUUUUCCGCGCCGUUCCAACGAAGCUACAGCGCUACCAGUAUUUUCCUUCUUUUUUUCGCUGACAUAAAACAACGCUUCCACUUAUAUUUCAUUUAAUGAACCGCAAGCGCGUGGCUUUGCAUGAUAUUGCUUCUACAGCAGAGCUCUGCCUGACGCGCGAGGCGAGGGCUGGCGUUUGUCACGUGAUGCGGUGCGCCGGCGGUGUCAGUGUCAUUCCGGCAGUCGACCAGCGGCAUUAGGCGCUGAACAACAAAUCACACCCCGUGAACAAACCCGCGCCACUCCCUCUAACCUUUUCUUUUUCUCUCCCACUCUCAUCGAAUUUUGUAACACUCAUUCAAGGAGAAACCCUCGCCACUAUGCUCCGGUCCUAAGGUCACCAAGGAGGGCCAUCGCAACCUCGCCAUUGAGUCGCCAAGUCUUGGCCGCGAUGAGUGA